AUGGCUGGACAACAGCCUAAAAAGGGUGAACCCUCUGAGCGCCAGGAGAAAGAACACCACCCCUGCAUAAUAUGGACUGGAGGUUCAGAAAAAACGCCAGUGGUGAAAUUUCAAGCAGAAGGCGCAACUGGAAAGGUAUGCCUGCGUGAGGUGGGAGAACGCUACCACCUGGCAUACAAGAUGGCUCGUAUCGGGAAUCAGCCGGUUAGCACAAUGCUAUCUGCUCAUGGGUUUCAGAAAGUGGAAGACAGCAGUAGCAAUUUCAAUUUGAUGUGGACAGGACCAUACAUUAAUGCUUCUGUCUUGGCAAAUCUUUCCAAAUAUCAGAAAAUCAACCACUUCCCCAAUUCUAUGCAGUUGGGACGCAAGGAUCUACUCUGCAAAAACAUUCAAAUCCUGCAGAAGAAACAUGGGGCUCAGACAUACAACUUCCUACCCCAGAGUUAUGUACUUCCCAAAGAUAACCAGGAAUUCCGCAAAGUUAUUUCCAAGGAUCAAGGCCCGUGGAUCUCAAAGCCUGUCUCUGCAUGUCAAGGCCGCGGAAUUCAGAUUAUCAAUUCCUUCUCUCAAAUAAACAGAAGGGAAACACUCCUAGUCUCUCGUUACAUAAAAAAUCCACUUCUUGUUGACGGAUUUAAAUUUGACCUACGCCUCUAUGUACUGGUCACGUCAUAUGAUCCACUAAUUAUUUACCUAUAUGAAGAGGGUCUGACAAGGUUUGCCACCGAUAAAUAUAAACCAACUGAGGACAACAUGAAAAAUCAAUAUAUGCAUUUGACUAACACCAGCAUAAACAAAGCAAAUGCAAACUAUGUGACAUCCACAAAUCCAGAAGUGGAAAAUCACGGCAGUUUAUGGAGCAUGGGUGCUUUGCUGCGUCACCUAAAGGAAUUGGGAAAAGACACAGCCACGUUCAUGUCUAAAAUAGAAGAGCUUGUUAUUAAGACCAUAAUAUCGGCAGAAGGCUCUAUUGCCUCAGUGUUUCAAGGAACGCUCGCUGACAGAAGAAAGUGUUUUGAAUUGUACGGCUUUGAUGUCCUAGUAGAUGAAACCUUAAAGCCCUGGCUGUUGGAAGUUAAUCUAAUGCCGUCUCUGGUUUCUGAUGGACCCCUUGCGUUAAAAAUCAAGGCAAAUCUGCUUGCAGACACGCUGACAUUAAUUGGUGUGCAGUGUGAAAAUACCCAGCAGAAUAUGGACAAAGGGCCCAUAAUAACUGCAAAAGUGAAAGAAGGUUAUCAAAAGACAGCGGCUGGACAGACCGAAACCUUCCUCUUCCAAGAGAGGGUGAAGAUAAUUCGUGAGGUCAAGGAGGAGGAAGAGAGAAGAGGCGGUUUUAUUCGAAUCUUCCCCCACAAGGACACAUGGAAGAAAUAUAGCAAUUUCUUGACAUACAAAUCCUUUAAUAGCUUUCUGGCUUCUCAUCUUUUUAGGGACCGGGAUAACCCCCGCGAGCACAAGGAAAAUGCUAACCUGCUCACUGUGUUUCACCACAUUGCGGACACAUACUUACAAACAGUCAGGAACAGGCAAGAGGAGGAUGACGAUGACGUGAUAUAA